GAGUACAAGGCAUCACGAAUAUCACGCACAAGAACCCAAGGGCGUGCCAAUACAUUAAUGCCUUCCUAGGUGAACAUGGUAUGGCAGGCGAGUGCUCAUACCUAUGCAUCAAUCACGGGUCCACAAUCAAAGUGCAUAAAGACGUGCACAACAUGAAGGGCUCCAUCAACCAUACGAUUAGCAUGGGCGAGUUCCAAGGCGGAAAUCUUUGGAUUCACGACUCCGCCGCCCUAAAGGGUGAGCCUAACGUCACGUCGCAUCGACUGGGCAGCAAAACCAUUCAUGGGACGGAGCUUAGCACCCGUAACAAGCUGAUCCAAUUCGACCCCAAACAGUGCCACUGUGUCGUUCCCUGGAAAGGGGACAGGUGGAGCAUCACGGCGUACGUCAAUCGGGCACUGCCGAAGCUUAGUGAAGCCGAAAUCAAGAAGCUUCACAGUUACGGUUUCAAGCUCUCUAAGCGUGCAGCUAUCCCUGCUCCUGUCCCUGAUCCUAAGGACGAACGCGUUUUGCGUGAGUUGGUGACUGAGGAGUCAGCCCCUCGACCUGAGGAACCAAGAACGAAGCCUAAGGUCAAGAUUAGGGAAUCCGAGAAAAAGAAAAAGAGAGAAAAGAAAUCAAAGCCUGAUUCACCUCACGUCCUCAGUGAUGCAGCCAAAGAAUUUGACGCUUUUGUCGAACGUGUUGAGACUGAGCGAGCUGCAGAGGAUGAUCUUGAUGAGGUCAGGCGCAUGAUUGCCGAAUAUGGCACUGAUGACGAAGCAGAAGAACUGCCCAAACCGGAUGCUGCACGACCCCCUGGCGGGGAGUCCAGUGUCCCAGAUGGGGAGGGUAGUUCUAGUCCGAAGAUCGCAAAAGGCAUUGAGGCUAAGAUGUACAAGGCCCCAGGGUAUCGCACCGAUGGCCUUCGUUCUGUCUCAGCAAGUUGUUUCGGUGAUCACAUCACCGCCGGCCAUGUUGUGAUCUACAGGGAUAGUGAUAACAUGGUUGAAGAUGCCCGUUUGGCUUUUGUUAUCAAAGAUGCUGCAACUUCUUUCAUGUUCGCAUACCCUUCUGCGCUGAAGGAUGCCGAUGAGUGCAAGGCAGCUCUCCAGCACUUUGUUUCAAGUACGGAUAAGGUGGGUGUGUUUUAUAGCGACAACGCAAAGGAGCUCACAAAAGCUUCCAAGUCGCUCGGCUGGCGCCAUGAGCACAGUAAAGACUAUAUCCACCAAUCCAAUGCGUGCAACUUCAGAGGGCACACGUUGCAAUCUUUUGCAAGCCGGUCUUUCCCAUGUGUACUGGCCGCAAGCUCUCGAGCACGCAUGCGCCGCGUUCAACAUCUCUCACCCUAA